GGGCGGAGGAUGUUAGCACGUGCGGGCCUGGGGAGAGGGCGGAAAAAGUGAGACAGCAGCAUACCCUUCUUGGUGGGAUCGCAGUCGGUGUAGGUCUGAGCAGAAACGAGCGGCGUGGCCGCGAGAAGGGCGGCGGCAGCAGCAGCGAACUUGGAGAACAUGUUGACUGGGGAGAGAAAAAAGUUUGGCUGGACUCGCGGGGGUUGGACUGAGAAGGAGAGGAGAGAGCGAGUUGUUAACGAGAGCGUCCCUGGAGAGAAGAGGCCGACAGACGAACGAUCGAAGGAUAUAAGAAUAGUCGGACUGGAGAGGCCAGCGGCGGACGGGGCAGCUGAGACUGGUCCGUCCACGCCGCCAGCCGUGAGCCGGCCCUAUGUGCAGAUCUAUCAGAGAAUGCGGUCAUUUCUGGCGCGCAGCCGGGGCGGAUAUGCAGGGACGAAAAGGCUUGGUUGCGCCCCCUCUAGCCAGUCGGGGCGUCGAGUAUGCUCGUCGAAAUAUCGGAGUCGUCACAGAUCAACCUCGUGUCUUUGGCGUUUGGGGCAGCCGGAGGUCAGGCCGGGGACGGCGGGGCUGCUCGGCACCGCGCCUGCCGGCUUGUGGCAAGUUUAUUGUCGCUUCCCGUCUCUCAUUUCUCUGUCGAUCGACUCGUAUCUCGGGCUCAUGUUCGGCUCGAGGUUGGGUCGCUAUUGCUGCAGCCGAGCAGUGCGGCGUGCUGAGCAGUGUGUGUGUGGAGUACGGGUGGUCGUGGUCGGUGGAAGCUUUUCGUGCCUGGUGCACGACUCAGCCAUCAGGAGUCGAUCUCGCGAGUUUUGGUACAACUAACAUCUUCGAGGACACUCGGCCGGAGCGCUAUUCUUUUGCUGCCCUCGUAUACGACCAGCCCACAACCCCCUUUCUCUCUCUCUUGUUUGUAUUGUAGAGCACUGCCUCAACCGCCCUUUGCCUUUUGUCCUCGUCGUAUCGCACUGCCGCCCGCUUGCCGCCCGCUUGCCGCCCGCCCGUCCGUUUCCCGUCACGCCUGUAGCCCGUUUCCCACAAAAACUCGGGCGUCAGCCCAUCUGGACAGGGCGCCGUUGGCCAUGGCUCAAGCACUUAUCUUUUCCUUCCGUCAUGAAGCACAUCCCGCAUUCCGCCUA